GAAAAAAAAAUCUGAGCAGAAAAAAUCAAAAGCGAGAAUGAACGUGGAAGAAGAGGUGGGGCGACUCAAAGAAGAGAUCCAACGUCUCGGCCAAUCCCAACCCGAUGGAUCCUACAAGGUCACAUUUGGUGUGCUAUUUCAUGAUGACAGGUGUGCAAACAUCUUUGAAGCUCUAGUCGGAACUUUACGUGCAGCAAAGAAGCGUAAAAUUCUAACGUACGACGGUGAGUUGCUCUUGCAAGGAGUCCACGAUAAUGUCGAAAUUAUCCUCAAAGCAGAAGCAACUGAUGCAGCAGCUGUGUGAUGCAGAAAAUUAAUUUGCGAAAUUUAUCUUGUAUUUGUUUCUUGUGAUUUAUGUAAUGCUAAAUUGCGCAAAUUUCACGUUUACGGGGAAAAAAAAAAAAAAAAUCGUUGCAUUAUUGUUUGAUGUAUUUCAAUUUUCUGAAAAACGCCGAAAGUUUUACGUAAAAAUCACUUCAAU